CUCUCUGUCCUAAGUAGUUGAAUUUCUUUAUCAGUAGCUUUUUCGUGCUCGUUGGUUGUAAUUGGAACUUGGUGACGCCUUUGGUUCGCACGUUGUGUAGAUAAGAGAGGAAAGCUCGAUUAAUUUAAUUCUAUUUUAUAGCAUUUAUUCUCUGAAGAUUUGUUCAAAGUAAAUUACAAGAGGCAUUCCUUUCAUUAUGAUACUAAGAAAUUUUUCGAGGAUAUUUUCUUCAAAGCUAAUCUCAAAACGCGAGGCACACAACUUUGCGAGAAUUGCUGAGGCUAAUGCGAAAGAAGCUGUGGGGAAGCGCACCUUGGUAAAGUUGUUGUUCGUUAACGCUUUCUCGGGAUGGAGAUUUUUCUGAAUGCCUCUAAUAGCUCGUAUUUUCGAUUAGGGAUGGAUUCGUGCGGUACGCAAGAUGAAAGAUAAUAUUUUUCUUGAUAUCAAUGAUGGCUCCUGCUGUGAGUACUUGCAGGUUGUUGUACCAAAAUCUAACAAACCAAAUAAUUUGACUUAUGGAAGUAGUGUGUCUGUAGAGGGAGAGCUGGCAUUAGCUCCUAAUGGCAGAACGGAGUUACGUGCUGAAUCAAUUUCUGUUAUCGGUGCAUGCGAUGUAACAAAUGGAUAUCCAUUUGUACCAAGAAAACAGUACAGCACAGAAUAUGUUAGAAAGUUCUUACACUUAAGACCCAGGACAAGAGGUUUUGCUAGCGUACUUAGAUUAAGAGAUAUAGCCUCUUCCGCUGUUGCUGAUCAUUUUAGAGAAAGAAGUUUUAUUAAUGUACAUACACCAAUAAUAACAUCAAAUGAUUGUGAAGGGGCAGGUGAAGUCUUCUUGGUGAGACCUGAUUCACAUGAAAUUUUGACAAGUAUGAAAAAAGACAAUAUACCUGAGGAACAGUCAUACUUUGACACUAAAGCAUAUCUCACUGUAUCAGGUCAAUUGCAUCUAGAAGCUCUUGCAAGGGGACUUGGAAAGGUUUAUACGUUUGGUCCAACCUUUAGAGCUGAAAAUUCUCGUACGCGAUUACAUUUGUCAGAAUUUUACAUGAUAGAAGCUGAAAUGGCAUUUGUUGACGAUAUUGAAGAAGUUGCCAGGGAAGUGGAGCUUCUCGUUAAGUUUGUAACUAGGGCCUUAGUCGACAAGGGUGCUUCUGAUAUGAAUAACAUCGACGCAUCUGAGCCAAAAUGGCUCAAUGAAAAAUUUGGAUUAAUAACUUACGACGAAGCAUUAAAAAUCCUAGAUAAUCACGCAGAUCGUAUAACCUUUCCAAUCAGACAUGGAGAUAAUUUGUCAAAGGAGCAUGAAAUGUUUCUCGUGCAACAUAACAAUGAUGUUCCAGUUUUUGUCAUAAACUGGCCAAAGGAAAUAAAACCAUUCUAUAUGAAAGAAUGCUCCAAUGAUUUAUCAAAGGUAGCUGCGUUGGACCUCUUGGCUCCUCAGGUGGGAGAACUCGUAGGAGGAAGCGUACGUGAAGAUGAUUACGAGAAAUUACAAUUCAAAUUAUCGACAGUACCAAAUCUCGCGUGGUAUUUAGAAUUAAGAAAAUAUGGAAAUAUUCCAACAGCUGGUUUUGGAGUGGGCUUCGAAAGAUUCUUACAAUGCGUCUUAGGCAUAGCCAGUAUCAAGGAUACAAUUCCUUUUCCAAGAUGGCCACACAAUUGUAAUCUGUGAACAAUUAUUGCAGACUAUCAUUAUAGUCAUACCAUAGAAGCAAAAGCUCAAAGCUUCAACGAAUUGACUUAACAGGAAUGAAAGGUGUUCAAUGUUAUAGAAAAAAGAAAAAAAUAAGACACUUAAAACUUUU